AUGGUACUUCAGUAUUACUUUCUACAUAUUAGUUCUCUUGAAUUAUUAUUUUUACUUUCUUUACAUUUCUUUCUUAUCUUCUUCUUCAACUCUCACUUCUUUUUUCAUGUUGCCAUUGGUACUUUAUUAUAUUUCAUUCUUCUCCGCUUCUCUCUCUUCUUUUCAUUCUUGUCUUCUUCUCUUCCUUUCAUUCUUGUCUUCUUCUUCGCAUCCUUCCCUCCAUUCUGUUCUUCUUCGAUUCCCUCGUUUCAUUAUUUUCUUCCCUACCUUUCAUUCUUCUUCUCUUCCCUCCCUGUCUCCCAUUCAUUCUUCUUCCCUACCUUCUCUUUCAUUCCUCCUUUCUUCCCUCUAUUUAAUUCUUGUUUUCUUCCUUCUCUUUUCCAUCUUUCAUUGUUCGCUUCACUCCAUUUGAUUCGUUUUCUCUUCCCUCCCUUUCGUUCGUCUUUUCUUCGCUCCGCCGUUUCACUUUACUCUCUUUCUUUAUCCUCAUUCUCUCACCCCACCCCGCUAUUUUCCAUCUCUCUCCCUCUCACAAUUCUUGUGAAAAAAAAGAUAGGGAAAAUAUUUUUUUUUCUUUCUCUCUCAAUUUCUUUAUAUUAUUCCGUCAUUUUAUUCAACUUCUUUUUUCUAUCUCCUUUGUGCGUCUUUUUCAAUUGUAUUUUUUGUAUUUUAUCUAAUUCUUUUUCUCUCUUUUGUCGAUUGUUUUUUUCUUCGCAUCUUCGAUUGUUUUUUUUCUUCACAUCUUCGAUUGUUUUUUUUCUUCACAUCUUCGAUUGUUUUUUUUCUUCACAUCUUCGAUUGUUUUUUUUCUUCACAUCUUCGAUUGUUUUGUUCUUUACAUCUUCGAUUGUUUUGUUCUUCACGUCUUCGAUUGUUUUGUUCUUCACAUCUUCGAUUGUUUUGUUCUUCACAUCUUCGAUUGUUUUGUUCUUCACAUCUUCGAUUGUUUUGUUCUUCACAUCUUCGAUUGUUUUGUUCUUCACAUCUUCGAUUGUUUUGUUCUUCACAUCUUCGAUUGUUUUGUUCUUCUCUUUUUGUUUGCUUUUUCUUCUCUCUUUUUUCGUUUUUGCUCUUUUUUCGUUUUUGCUCUUCUUUUUUCGUUUCUUUUUUCGUUUCUUUUUUCGUUUCUUUUUUCGUUUCUUUUUUCUUUCUUUUUUUCUUUCUUUUUUCUUUCUUAUUUUCUUUCUUAUUUUCUUUCUUUUUUUCUUUCUUAUUUUCUUUCUUAUUUUCUUUCUUAUUUUCUUUCUUAUUUUCUUUCUUAUUUUCUUUCUUAUUUUCUUUCUUAUUUUCUUUCUUAUUUUCUUUCUUAUUUUCUUUCUUAUUUUCUUUCUUAUUUUCUUUUUUUUUUUUUAUUUUCUUUCUUUUUCUUAUUUUCUUUCUUAUUUUUUUCUUAUUUUUUUCUUAUUUUUUUUUUCUUUCUUUUUUUUCUUAUUUUCUUUUUUUUUCUUCUCUUUUUUUUCUUCUCUUUUUUCUUCUUUUUUUCUUUUUUCUUCUUCUUUUCUUCUUUCUUUUCUUCUUCUCUUUUUCUUAUUUUCUUUUUUCUUAUUUUCUUUUCUUAUUUUCUUUUUUUUUUUUUAUUUUCUUUUUUUCUUAUUUUUUCUUUUUUUAUUUUCUUUUUUUUUUUAUUUUCUUUUCUUUUUUUUUUUUCUUAUUUUCUUUUUCUUAUUUUCUUUUUCUUAUUUUCUUUUUCUUAUUUUCUAUUUUCUUAUUUUCUUUUUCUUAUUUUCUAUUUUCUUUAAAUAA